CUGCGGGGCAGCGGCCGAACCAACUCAGUCUUUGCGAUCCCAGGGCUUAGCGCGCAGCUGGCAUUCGGCACCGCGCACUCUGGACCAAAGGAAACGCACUCAGCAGCCGGCGGAGGAGGACGCGAUGGAAGCUACGAGGACACCGCAGCCCAAGAGCAUGCCUCAGGAUUUGUCAGAGGCCCUGAAAGAAGCCACAAAGGAUGUUCACACCCAGGCUGAGAAUGUGGAAUUCCUGAAGAAUUUCCAGAAGGGGCAGGUGCCCCGGGAAGGCUUCAAGAUGGUGAUGUCUGCCCUGUAUCACAUCUAUUUGGCCUUGGAAGAGGAGAUGAUGCGGAACAAGACGCACCCUGCCAUCACCCCCAUCUACUUCCCUGAGGAGCUGAACCGCACACCUGCUCUGGAGCAGGACAUGGAGUUCUGGUACGGCCCCCAGUGGAGGAAGGAGAUCCCGUACACGGCCGCCACCCAGAAGUACGUGAAUCGGCUUCGCGAGUUGGGCCACGGGGAGCCUGAGCUGCUGGUGGCCCACGCCUACACCCGUUACCUGGGGGACCUCUCCGGAGGUCAGAUCCUCAAGAAGAUUGCCCAGAAGUCCCUGGGGCUCCCCAGCACCGGGGAAGGGGUGGCCUUCUUCAAUUUCCCGGCCAUCCCCAACGCCACCAAAUUCAAGCAGCUUUACCGUUCCCGAAUGAAUGCCAUCGAGAUGAGCCUGGCCACCAAGAAGAAGGUGGUGGAGGAAGCACAAACCUCCUUCCUCCUGAACAUCCAGGUGUUUGAGGAGCUGCAGGCGUUAUUAUCUAAGAACCCGGAGAAUGGGAACCUUCCUGAGAAGCAGGAGCUUCGGAAAAGGCCCGGCAACAGAGGACAAGGCCCGACUUCCACCGAGCCUGCUCCCCAGAAGCCCCAGCAGAGUCUCCUCUCCCACUUGCCCAUCCGUUGGAUCCUCACCCUCUCCAUCGUGGCCACCGUCGCCAUGGGGUUCUAUGCCAUGUGAAUGAAAGAGGCUUCCCCUUUGGAGUCUGGACUGCUUCCAGCCUAAAAGUCACUCCGUGAGCCUCCUUGGGUCACGGUGGGUCAGGUUCCCUGGGACCCCGGCCCUGGUACUUUCCCCUCCGCUGGAAAAGAUGGAGGAGAGCCCGACGCUGACCUAAAGCACCUCUGUCCUGAGGGACUUGAACUUUUAAGGCGGCCUUCUGUGGCUGCCCCCAGAUGUAGCACUCUCCCCCAGAGACCCGACCCAGGAGUGACCGCUUUCCCUUUGGCCUCUUUGAGAAUGUUGUGUCUUCCUUAGGAGCCAGGUUUCUGGGGGAUUUUGUUUGGUCCCAUUUCACAAUGUUUGGGUUUGUUUUGUUUUUCCCCCAGGGUCAGGGGUUUUACCUCAUUUUGUUGGGGGGUGUGUGUGUGUGUGUGUGUGUGUGUGUGUGUGUGUGUGUGUGUGUGUGUUUUUAAAUACUACGGUUCCAAUGCCAGUGUCCUUGAGCCCAUCUGUAAACUUUCAAUA